AUGAUUCUAUCUAUCUAUCUUUUAUCUAUUUUGAAAGGCACAUAUCUGUCUAUUGCCGCCUGUUUAUAUCUAUCUAUCUAUCUAUCUAUCUAUCUAUCUAUCUAUCUAUCUAUCUAUCUAUCUAUUUCCGUCUGUUCCCAUUUAUCUCAGUCCGUUCAAUAUCUAUCUAUCUAUCUAUCUAUCUAUCUAUCUAUCUAUCUAUCUAUCUAUCGUCUGUUUCUUUCUAUCAUCGUCUCUUUCUUUCUUUCUUUCUUUCUUUCUUUCUUUCUUUCUUUCUUUCUUUCUUUCUUUCUUUCUUUCCUCUCUGUAAUCUAUCUAUCUAUCUAUCUCCGUCUCUUUCUUUCCAUCAUCGUUUCUUUUUUCUUUCUAUCGUCUCUUUGUUUUUUCUUUCUUUUUUUUUUUCUAUCUAUCUAUCUAUCUAUCUAUCUAUCUAUCUAUCUAUCUAUCUAUCUAUCUAUCUAUCUAUGUUUGCUUUAUUUCUUUGCUUCUUUUCUUUUUUUCUUUAAUUCUUUCUAUCUCGAAGUUUUUUUCAUUCGUCACGUUUUAUCUAUCUAUCUAUCUAUCUAUCUAUCUAUCUAUCUAUCUAUGUCUCUCUCUCUAUCUAUCUAUCUAUCUAUCUAUCUAUCUAUCUAUCUAUCUAUCUAUCUAUCUAUUCUUCUCUGUUCAUUAUCUCUCAAGCCAUACAUAUCUAACUUUAUCAUCAUCUCUCUGUUUCUCUCUCUCUCUCUCUCUCUCUCUCUCUCUCUCUGUGUCUAUAUUUCUGUUUCUAUUUAG